GCGUCGCAUCCAUCGCCACUUCGUGUUUCUAUCUAACGAUAUGUAGUUAAAUAGCAUUAUUAAACUUAUUUCUUGGGAAGUAAAGAAACAGUGAAUGUUUCAGGUCGUACAACUGAAGAUACUUUGGUGUUUUUGACCGAAAUAUGAUGGAGGACUUCUCUGGGCUGGCGCUGCCUCCUCUUUUUGGAGGAGGUCAUAUUCUGGAGGCAGAACUGGAACCCGGAGGAGUGGAGCUCGGAUCUGGAGAGGUGGAGCUGGACACUGGAGGCAACGAGCUGAUUGACAACACCGCACAAGAAGAUGAAGAAAGAAGAGCUCUGGACAAAAGAAAAUAUCUGGCUCUGAACAGGAAAUGCAAAGAAAUUGAACAGGUGAACCAGAAGAUCCUUGGUCGGCUUCACUUAGUACAAAGAAUUACACGGCGUCUAAAGAAAGAAAGAUGGUUUCUUAUGAAAACUCUGGAUGCUCAUGGCGAUGAUUACAGAAACGCUCAACUAACUAUAUUGCUUGAGGAUGAGAGCGGUACUCAGUUAGACCCUGAUGUUGGAGCUGAGGAGGAAAAAUUUAACGGAGUGUCAACGGCAGAAAGUCAUGGAGCUGGACCAAGAAAGAAGAGGCACCGAAUUCAGCCGCAAGAGAAAGAUAAAGACCAACAAAUUGAACCAGAAAUAUCAGGAUUUGCAGAGGCACCGUUUGGAGAAAUGCCCAGCCCAGCUUCCCUGUCUCACUGAUCAGCUUCCUGGGAAUGACAACUACAACCAUGGCCAUUAUAAUAAUGAUGCGGGUCCAGUUAUCUCAAAUUUUGAGUCAAUAAUGUUACGCUUCAUUCAUUUGGGCUUUGCACUGUUAUAAAGAUGGAAACGAGUCUGAUUUCAGGUUAAUUGGAUACAGACAGAAAUAUGUUUUACAUAUGCUAUUUUUGUCCUUUAUACUAUAUUGUGAAAAUUGAUGGCAACAAAUAAUUAUGACUAGUGUAAAAAAAAGUAGAAAACAAAUAUAACAGUAGAGACUCCAAAUAAAUAUCAUUUGGUAUUAUUAUUGAUUUUUACAUUCAUCGUAGUGACGUUCUUCAUAUUUCUUUUGUGACGUUUUUUUGUAUUUAUUAAUAAAUGUUUUUAUUUGUA